UUAUUUCUAGGACUUUCUAUUAGUAAGGAUUAAAAAUCAAAAUUAAACAGGAUUACAGGCCAAUUAUCAUAGCAGAGCCCUAUGGCUGAUGCGGCCGCCCUAUUUAUUGUUGUUAUUAUUAUUAUAAGUACAUAAAUAUGUCAUUUCUUUUUUAACAUAUUGCAGUAUUAUACAUUUUACUAUGUUUUACAUAAUGACAAUUUGAAAAAAGAAGAUUGAACACCCGUCACUUUAUCAGACAGACAAGUGUUAUGUUAUUAUUAUAUAUACACUACACUGUCUCUUAUUUCCCUCUUUACACCGUGUGGGGUAUUUUAGGGAGCGCCAGCUUCUAACACCCCUCUUAUUCUGUAUGUAUUUAACCCAGCAUUUACCCGCCCACAUUACGUGUCGCUGCGAUAUAAGUACCGAUGUAAUUCCUGUUCUGAUAACACUAUCGUAUAAUGUCGCUGCCAGAGCAAAAGCAUCAACAAUGCUUCAUUCCUGUGUCCGGGUUUUCUUUAUUCUGUGUCUAGUAUUUAUAGGAUGUUUUAUUAUUACUACAGAGCAAAUAAUAUAAAUACAAUGUGUAGAUAGAUAGAUAGAUAGAUAGAUAGAUAGAUAGAUAGAUACUAGGGCAUAAUCCCAGCAAGCUGGCUCCAUGCAGUAGGUCACAGGUGGCAUUAUGACAUCAUUAUGACAUCACAGACACUAGGUGGUAAUAAAUUGCUGCUGCUGGGAGGUGCGGCUUUGAUAGGUGAAGGAGUCGUUGUCGUCUAAGGACGAAAUUGAGAAGAAUGAUGAAAAUUAUUCUUUUUGCUAUUUUUCUCCUGGUGAGCUUGCUCACCAUGGGGACCCAAGGCCGGCCUAUAUAUCCAUCUAAAGGCUCGGAAGAGGCGCCAUUGGCGCAAGCUGCUCAAUCGAGGAGCUUUAAUUGGCAUCAAGUUACACUGGACUGGAAAACCGUGGGUACCAUCAUCGGUUUCAUUGGACUAGUGAUACUUGCCGGAAUGUGCCUUUGCUGUACUGCAUACUUCCAAUCAUUGAAGGAGUGUCUGAGUAACGCCUUCCAGCGGCUGAUUUACGGAGUAGUGCAACAUGACAUUGAGACACUACUGCAGCAACAUCUACCCCAGCGAGCACACAGAUACCUGGAAUUGGACGAUGAUGAUGAUGAUGAUGAUGAAGAUGAAGAACCCCGUGGAAAACAUCACUACCAUGUGAAACACGAGAUGGGUCAUCAUCAGAGAGACCACCGCCAGAAAUACCAUGUAGCGGAGCGUCAUAACAUCGUUCGCAACGGGAGAAAGGACCCCAGGCAGAUGAUGAAAGAACAAAAACCAUCGAUAAAGAAGAUCUUAAAGAAGCCAAUCCAGAAACUGAAUGUGAAAAAAUUUGUGCCGAAAGCACCCAAGAUCGUCCAGAAACUGAAGGUGCCCAAAUUUAUCAAAAAAAUGAGGCGCUAAAAGUCACCAUUCAGGAAGGACGGCAUUAACAACCCUGUCCUGUGGUGAUUUUCUGGAUGCUCGGCUGUUUCUGGCUUCAGAGGCUUGAUGGUGCCUAUUACAUUCUCCUGGCCGGUCCUGCCUUGGAUACUGUGGCACUGACCAUCGUGCGCAGACUGCAAACAUCUUGGAGGCCUCCUGCUGAUCUCUCUGUCAUUCCUGGUACUGCCGCUGACACCGCACUCUAGUGCUGAGCUACGUGGAGCUGGUCUCUGCUGUGGCUUCUUAUCCAUUCUGAGUGCUGGUGGUUAACAUCAAAAAUUUGCCUAAAUUAAUAAAGAUCUUCUUGGGCACUUUUGUGUAUUUGUACAUUGAAAACAUAUGCUUUAUUUUAGAGGUAUUGGAAAACAGUACGCAAGGGCAUCAAAGUGAAAUAAUUUAAAUACAUUUAGAUUAUUGUGGAUGUAAUGCAAAAACCACAGUGUUUAUUAGUAAAAUAUAUACAAAUAUAUAAAGUAUAUUAAACUACAUAAGACAUAUUCAUAAAUACAUGGUCAAGUCACAUUAUUUUGACCACCAGCUAAUAGCCAGAGUAACCGCUGUGUACAGCAUGGAGAGCAGCUAGAUGGCCUGAACUGCCACUUAAGACAGAUGUCUGGUAACCCCUAGGUUAAGUUUGAUUGUGAGCUGCUCCACUGUAGCGUUUUGGUCGGACGUCACACACUUUGUAGCGGACGUUCACCUCUCACAUGAAUGGCACGUGAUGCUCCAUAGUUUUCACAUCAGUUAUUUUCAAUGGUUCCAUUUGACUAAGAAUCUUUAAUACUUACUAUGCUAUGAUUUCAAUUUUAGACUUUAGCCCCUGCACCGUCUUAAGUGUCCCGGGUCCCCCAAAUCCUUAAUCCAGCUCCGCGGUGGUUAUAGGCACACCCAAUAGGCAGUACUAGGCACACUCAAUAGGCGGUGCUAGACACACCCCCUCUGGCAGUGCACACCCUAAUAAAUGUGCUGCGUACGCCCAUGCAGAGAGAACCCUAUAGCUACAUUCAAUUACAAAUAAGGUUUCUCAUGGCCACUUAUAUGGAUCUACUUGUGAUCACAACACACUUGAGGUCAUUCUGAGUUGAUC